UGGACAUAAAUGCAAAUCAUUAUGCCAAUCUUUCACAUAUGUUAGACAAAGAAUUCCUCAGUACAACAUUUCUAAAAAGCAAUAUUUGAUAUCUUAUAGUAAAGGCAAAAAUGAUACCCUCCUGUUUUGGCAGCUUGAUGUAUGUAAAGGGUAGAAAAGUGAUGGAGUUAUUUCCUGGUAGCUUGAGGGAACUAUGGAAAGACUGGGAACUGCGUGUUAUGGUUCUUGUUAGCCUCAGCUUGCAGAUAAUUCUCAUCUUCUUUGGGAAUCGCAGGAAAUACUCAAGUAAGAUUUGGGUAAGAAUUGUUUUAUGGUGUGCUUAUUUGAUGGCUGACUGGAUCGCCACUGUUGCUCUUGGUGUCAUAUCCAACAAUCUUGGUGAUGUUGUGGAAACAGUUGGCAAAGGUGGCUCUCUUGAUGCUGAUGCUGAGUUAACUGCUUUCUGGGCACCUUUUCUUUUGCUUCAUUUGGGUGGUCCUGACACCAUUACAGCUUAUUCAUUGGAAGAUAAUGAGUUAUGGUUAAGGCAUUUACUUGGAUUAGGAGUACAAACAGGGGUGACUCUCUAUAUAUUUCUCAUGGCUUGGACUGGUUCUCCACUCUCUCUUUUGUCAAUUCCAGUGUUCUGUGUAGGAAUCAUUAAGUAUGGGGAGAGAACUUGGGUUCUCAGGUCAGCAAGUAGUGAGAAAUUCAGGGACUCUAUGUUAACUCCUGCUGAUCCUGGCCCCAACUAUUCCAAAUUUAUGCAGGAAUAUACUUUAAAACAGUUUGAGGGGUUCCAUGUGACUGCUGAUGAGGUGAUUGAGGCUCAAGCCCCCGUGAGUGUCUCUUUGGUUGAGAAUUACGCCAUUCCUGAUGCAGCAGAAUUGCUCACUGCCCAUGAAUUGUUACAUGUUUUCCAGCGCCUUUUCGUCGAACUCAUCCUUGGUUUUGAUGAUAGGGAAAAGAGUCAAUCCUUGUUCAGAGGAAUUUCAUUGGAAAAGGCUUUCAAAGUGGUUGAGAUUGAACUGGGAUUUGUGUAUGACAAGCUAUACACCAAAGCUAAAGUCAUAUAUUUAUUUCAAGGGUGUUGUCUCCGGUUCCUCAGUUUUUCUUGCACCCUUGGUGUGUUGGUUUUCUUUUCCUUUGCUGAACAUAAACAAUCACACUCACAUGUUGAUUUGCUAAUAUCUUAUUUACUGCUAUAUGCUGCUCUACUUUUAGAGGUAUAUGCAAUAAUCUUGUUGAUCUCUUCUGACUGGACAAAUCAUUGGUUAACUAAGCAUGCCAACGCCUCCAUUCGUCGAUUCGUCACUUGUUUGCAGCUGCCUAAUGAAAAUCACAGAUGGUCAAAUUCCAUAGCACAGUUCAAUGCUUUGAGCUUUUACCUCAAAAUUAACAAACCAACUAUCGGUUAUGAAAUCCAAAAGCUUCUCUGCCUUGAUUCCCUGCUAGAAAAAUCCCGGUAUACAAAAUACAAGCAAGUGUCCAGGGAGAUGAGAACACUAAUUUUUGACCAUCUCAAAGAGAAGUUUGAGCAUCUAGUAGCACCAAGCAUUGUGGCAACAGAUGCUAGAGCCGUGCUUACCUGCCGAGGAGGGCGUGUCUUAGAAAAUUAUUGCUGUACUGAACUUGAUUGGAGCAUCAAAGUGGAUUUUGAUCAAAGCAUUCUGAUAUGGCACAUUGCUACAUAUCUUUGUUACUACAAAGAUCAUACAGCUGAAAGCUUUGAUAACACUAAGUGUAAAUUGAGCAAAAGGCUAUCACAGUACAUGGUGUAUCUUCUAGUGAUGCGCCCUUUCAUGUUACCAGUGGGGAUUGGUAUGAUCAGAUUUCGAGAUACUCAAGCUGAGAUUACCAAAUUCUUUGAAGAACACAAGUCAUCAUCAUCAUCAUUGUCAGACAUUAGUAGAAGUAGUAGUAGUAGUACUCAGUUUUUCUCUUGGGCUAGAAACAAGGCCAAGUUAGAUAAAUCCCAAGCCUGCAACAUGUUGCUGAAAGUCAACACUGCAGUUCCAGCCGUGAAAGUGAAAGGAGACAGAAGCAAAUCUGUGCUGUUUGAUGCUUGCAGGCUUGCCUGGGAGCUGCAAGGCAUCUCAGAUAAAGAUAAGAAGUGGAAAAUGAUUAGUGAAGUUUGGGUGGAGAUGCUUGCUUAUGCUGCUAGCCAAUGCAGAGGGAAUCAUCAUGCUCAACAGCUCAGAAGAGGUGGGGAGCUUCUCACUCAUGUUUGGCUUUUGAUGGCUCAUUUUGGUUUAACUGAACAAUUCCAAAUAUCACAAGGUCAUGCUAGAGUUAAACUUGUAGUCAAGUGACAAAUACUGUGUCAUCAUAUCAUAUAUAAUAAUAUCUAACUUUAACACUACUAUAACGAAAUUUAAGAUAUAAAACCAUGGUAGAGUAUAACUGAAUUAACAGAAGAUUUUGUCUGUUUCAUGUACUUGAUGACAUUUUGAAUAGCAUCUAUGAAUUGGAUCAUAAUGGACCAAUAAAAACAAUUUUCAUAA